AUGGUGGGUUCUACUGCCGUUGCUGCAUCUUCCAGUAGUUUGACUCAGCCGCAACCGCAACCGCUGCCGGCGGCGCAGAUUAUGUCCGCUAGAGUGAGGAAAACGAUACAGUCGAUUAAAGAGAUUGUGGGGAAUUUCUCUGAUGCUGACAUCUAUAUGGCGCUCAAGGAGUCCAAUAUGGACCCUAAUGAAACUGCACAAAAGUUGCUUAAUCAAGACCCCUUCCAUGAGGUGAGGAGAAGAAAAGACAGGAAGAAGGAGAGUAUGGGUUACAGGGAUUCAGAACAGUUCAGAAGAGGUUCUGAGAAUUUUAUUCAAGGAGUUAGGACAUUUAAUGACCGCAAUGGCAGACGAGGAGGCUACACCCGUCAUGCUGUCCCUAGUAAUAGUGGACCGAGUAGAGAGUUUCGUGUUGUGAGGGACAAUAGAGUCAAUGGAAAUACAAAUAGAGAACUGAAGUCUAAUAUUUCUGAAAGUUCAUCGUCCAAUGAGCAUGCUGUGAAGGGUUCAACUGUAAAUUCAAGCUCUCUGAAAGCGUCUGCUGAACUCGGUCCAUCUCAGGCUACUAAUGGGCAUACUGUUUCUCAUGGUGUUAGACACAAUAGAGAUGCUAACUCGAGCGGAACUGAAAGGAGAACUAAUUUGGAUGAGAAAAGGGCAGUGACACCCGGUGCAGCUUCACGAUUACAGGGAGGAAGACCUAACAGUUCUCAAAACCAGUCUGCCACUGUUGUUGGGGUAUAUUCUUCUGCAACAGAUCCUGUCCAUGUUCCUUCGCCGGAUGCCAGACCAUCGGCUGCCGUUGGAGCUAUUAAACGUGAAGUUGGUGUGGUGGGAGGUCGCCGACAAACUUCUGGAAGUCCAAUGAAAGAUCCAUCUGCAACUAGUAGUUCAUUGCCGAGUUCUGCAUUGGCCAAGGAUAGCCCUUUGUCAGAGCCAUUCCAACCCUUUCUUGCGAUCUCUAAGAAUGACCAAGUUAGUCAUCAAGCUAAUGCAAGUGAAGCUGUUGUGUCUGGUGUUACUGUUAGCAGAUCAUUCUUAGGUGGUCAGUAUAGCAGUAGACCUCAUCAACAAAGUGCAGGUCAUCAAAAGGCUUCUCAGCAUAAUAAAGAGUGGAAACCAAAAACAACUCAGAAGGUUAGUGUCAAUGGGCCUGGAGUCAUCGGGACACCCACAAAAUCAAGUUCUCCUGUUGCUGAUAAUUCUAAGGGAUUGAAAAAUGAUGCUGGUGAUUUGCCUCAUAAGCUUUCUCGGGUGAACAUCAAUGAAAACCAGAAUGUGAUCAUUGCACAGCACAUUCGGGUGCCUGAAACUGACCGUUGCAGGCUUACCUUUGGAAGUUUUGGGGUUGAGCUUGAUUCCGCCAGGAAUUUCAGUUCUGGAUUUUCAACAGUUGGGGUCACAGAAGAAAAUAAAAUGCAAUCUACUACUAGUUUGACUGCAUCUGUUGCGGAGUCUACGGGUGAUGAUGCUUCUGGUACCAAGCACGAUGAAGUAUCAGCUGAGAAAUUGAGACACUCUGGCUCUGUUUCUCCAGCUUCAGGCGGAGCAUCUGAGCCACAGUUGCCUGAUAAAUCUCCAAGUCCUCCAAACUUGGAUAAUUAUGCUGAUAUCAGUUUGGUUCAAGAAACCAGUCCGUCGUAUGAUCACGCCGAGUCACACCAUCAGCAUCAAGAUCCUCCUGAAUUACAGAGCUUUCAAGGGUAUGAUCCACAGACUAGUUAUGAUAUGUCGUACUUUAGACCUUCGUACGAUGAAACUGCAAGAGGACAUCAUGGUGUGCCUUCUCCCCAGGAGUCCCUAGCUUCACACUCAGCCCACAGCAUUCCAUCGUCUACAAUACCAAUGUUACAGCAGCAGCACCACCAUCAACCAAUCACUGCUCAGAUGUACCCACAAGUGCACAUGCCCCACUUUGCCAACAUGAUGCCGUUCCGCCAGUUUGUUUCCCCACUUUACCUACCACAGAUGGCCAUGCCUGGCUACUCAACCAACGCUGCUGCAUAUGCACAUCCAUCGAACGCCAGCAGUUAUUUGCUGAUGCCUGGAGGUGGAUCCCACCUCAAUGCCAAUGGGUUAAAGUAUAGUGUACAACAGUUCAAGACAGUUCCUGGUAGCAGUCCUUCUGGUUUUGGAAAUUUCACUAGCCCAACUGGAUACGCGAUGAAUGCUCCUGGUGUGGUUGGGAAUGGAACAGGACUUGAAGACCCUUCUCGGAUUAAGUAUAAGGAUGGAAGCCUCUAUGUCACUAAUCCACAGGCCGAGGCAUCUGAGAUGUGGAUUCAGAACCCGAGGGAGCUCCCUGGCAUGCAAUCUGCUGCUCAAUACUACAACAUGACAGGACAAACGCCCCAUGCUGCUGCUUAUCUGCCGGCUCACGCUGGUCAUUCAUCAUUCAAUGCUGCGGCACAAUCUUCACACAUGCAGUUUCCGUUGUACCCUUCAGCACAACCAGCUGGGAUGGCCAACCCGCACCAUAUGGGUCCUCCAGUAAUGGGCGGUGGCGUUGGAGUUGGUGUGGCGCAAGCUGCACCUGGUGGUCAAGUAGGUGCUUACCAGCAGCAGCCUCAACUGGGCCAUCUCAACUGGACCACAAACUUCUGA